AUGGAGCGUAGCAGCUUGACUUUUCUCGUGAUAUUUGCUGUAACGCUGGUUCACGUGUGUGAUGGCCACACGGACACCUCGACAGGUGGGAGGAAAUUAGUUCCGGGUAGCGGGCUGACGCCACGGGACAACGCGGAGAGUGGUGAAAGAAGCCUUUCGGAGACCACCCAGACCCGGCGGGAUGUCGGGCUCCCGUUAAACGCAGCCCCGAGGACCGCUAGACACCCACGCAGCGUGACCCUCUCGCAGUCCAGAAACAGAGUGAACCGCCGGCAAAGCAAGUCCGGUACGGCGAGCAGCAGGCGACUUGUCGGACCAAAUGUGUGCGGUGGUCAGCAGUGCUGCUCCGGCUGGGCCGUGGCACCAGGAACCAACCGAUGCAUCAAACCCGACUGUCAGCCUCCCUGCCAGAACCGUGGCUCCUGCAGCCGGCCACAUACCUGCGUUUGCCGCUCGGGUUUCCAGGGGCCCCGCUGUGAAGAGGUGGCCCCCGAGCAGGUGUACAUCCAUGACAGAGGGUCUCUGAGGCGUGUGCAGCCGGGCAGCAACCCUUUCCAAAGAGACCAACCGCGGAGACGGCCCGCGGAUAGGCAAGCCAUUGAUAGCGCCAAGGUCCAGACCCCGCGACCUGCGACCACCAGGCAACCGGUCCAAACUGCGACCCAAGUGAGACGGGGACCCCCUGAAUCCUCCCCUCAGCUAACCGGGACCUCCCGUACCGUCAAGCGUUAUCCGUCAUCCUCUGGGCCGAUCACUUCCAACGCAUUGCCCGGCGGCAACGCCCACGGAAAUGAGCACAGGAACUUCCACGGGCAUGACAACGUGCGCUACUUCAACGGUCACAGGACAACCGCUAACAACCAACUUUACGGACAAUUCAACAAUGCAUUAUCACCAGCAGGGGCCAACCUCACCUCCAGCCUGGACCGCAUAAAGAUCGUCUUCACGCCUACCACGUGCCGUCGCGUGUGCAGCAACGGACGCUGCUACAAUAGCUGCGAGAAAGGGGACGUGACCACUGUGUACAGUGAGACUUCGCAGCAGCAGCAGCAGCAACAGCUGCAGCAGCAGCCAAAGACGCCUGGCUUCAGACUCUUCUUUUGUCAGAUUCCCUGUCUAAACGGAGGCCGUUGCAUUGGUAGAGACCAAUGUUGGUGUCCAUCUAACUCAACCGGGAAGUUUUGCCAUUUGCCAGCUCAACCUCACGCCAAGCCUGCCACUCACAAGGACUCCAGAAACUCUAGCCCCAAAUCUCCUUCCCACUCUACGUACACUUUACCGCUUUCUAAUCAGCAAGUCUCGCUCCACCCAUCCUUGGUUAAAGUCCACAUCCAGCACCCGCCGGAGGCCGAGGUCCGCAUCCAUCAAGUGGCUCGUGUCCAGCCAGGUCAGAGGUCCCCCGCCACGGAGGGGGCUCAUUCUGUCCAGCAGCGCUCGCAGCCCGGGAAUGGCCACGAAACCGCCAUCGAACACGCCGGCAGAAACGGAUACGCCGGCGUGGACGGCCACGCCAGACCGCACCACCGUCAAAACGGGCAUGUGGGAAGAUGCUUCCAGGAGACAGUUGACGGACAGUGUGGCAAGCCUCUACCAGGCCUAACCAAACAGGAUGAUUGCUGUGGAAGCAUUGGAGCCUCCUGGGGUCUCAACAAAUGCCACAAGUGUCCAACCAAACCAAUAUAUGCAGUGAUCGCAAAUGGACAAGUGGAAUGCCCUAUUGGAUAUAAAAGAAUGAACGCCACGCACUGUCAAGAUAUCAAUGAAUGCCUCCUACCCGGAAUAUGUAAGAACGCUGAGUGUCUCAACACCAAAGGAAGCUACAGGUGCACGUGUAAACCUGGUUUCAUGUUGGACCCUGCCAGAAGCCAUUGUGUUUCUGACAAGGCAGUUUCCGACCAGAAGGCGUUUUGCUACAGAUCCGUGUCAGCAGGUACAUGCUCCCUACCACUUUCUCAGCACAUCACCAAGCAAAUCUGCUGCUGCAGCCGUGUGGGCAAAGCCUGGGGAGAUGGGUGUGAUCGCUGCCCUUUGCCUGGAUCUGAUCAUUUCAAGGAGAUCUGCCCGGCCGGUCAUGGAUACACCUACUCCCGAUCUGAUGUGCAGAUUUCUCUGCGGCAGCUCGGGGAAGAUGAUCUUCAAAGUACUGGAUUGUCUUGGGAAGAGCAGAACCCUACAUAUCCUCAACUGCCAUCGUCCCAGCCUCAGGAUCCCAACUACCCACAGACUCCUCAAAUCCCCCAAUGGCCUGAAUACCCGGAGUCACCACAGCAACCUGUCACUCCACAGCAGCCCCCUCAUUCCUUUAUCCCAGACAGAGAAACACCUCAACAGCCUGAAGAUGUGGAAAUUCCAAGACUGCCAGCUGUUGUGACUGACUCACCAUUGAAAUAUCCAGAAGUUGAUCCAGACCCACCAGCCAAGUCUGAUCCAAAGGAAACAGCUCACACCGACUCAGUGGGUGUUGACAAGUGUGCUACCACCCCCUCCAUUUGUGGCCAUGGGAAAUGUGUUCCUGUGCAGACUGGCUAUACCUGCCAGUGUGAACCAGGAUUCAAACUCAGUGCUCUACAGACCAAUUGCAUAGAUGUGAAUGAGUGUGAGGAUGAUCCGUGCGAGGGAAAGGGCAGUUGUACCAACAGUUAUGGCUCCUACAAUUGUCAGUGCUUCAGCGGCUACAGCCAGGUGAUCACUCAGAACAGGAAGUUCUGUCAAGACGUUAAUGAGUGCAGCAUGCCCAACAAGUGCCAGAAUGGCCACUGUGUCAACACAGAGGGAUCUUACACCUGUGAAUGUGACAAUGGCUUUGCCGAAUCCUGGCGAGGCCUAUGUGAAGAUAUAGAUGAAUGCCAAGACCCCACUACAUGUCCAAGUGGUGGCUGUGUCAAUACUGUGGGCUCCUUUCUGUGCCAGAUCUGCAGCCCUGGCUUCAAGCCCAUCAGCAAUAGAUGUGUAGAUGUGAACGAGUGCCUGAACCAAAACAUAUGUGGCCGUGGAAGGUGUGUCAACAGUGAGGGCUCCUAUAGGUGCAACUGCUUCCAAGGAUACAAACUCACACUGGACAACGUAUGCCAAGAUGUGAAUGAGUGUCUGCUUCCGGGGGUGUGCCAACAUGGAUACUGUAGUAAUCUGGAGGGUACCCACAAAUGCACCUGUAAUCAGGGUUAUCAACCGACCUCGGACAGCAAAGCUUGUGAAGAUAUCAAUGAGUGCGCAUCUGGUAAAAGGUGUCCGGAAGGAAUUUGCAUCAACACGCCAGGUGCCUUCACAUGCCAAAGCUGUAAUCCCGGUUUUGAACCAUCUGCUGAUGGGCUGAGAUGUGAAGAUGUGGACGAGUGUUCUCAGGGUGACUGGUGUCUCGGUGGCGUGUGUGCCAACAAUGCAGGGUCUUACACCUGCACCAGGUGUAAGGUGGGCUACAGGGUGUCUGCAGACCGAAGGAGAUGCGAAGAUAUUGACGAGUGCCAGUCGCUGUCUACCUGUGCCAACGGUAUCUGUCUAAACUCAGAGGGCUCUUACACAUGUAAGAACUGCCCCACGGGCUACGCGGUGUCGUACGAUGGAGAACUUUGUGAAGACGUUGACGAGUGCGCGCUGCCCACUACGUGCCCCAGGGGAACAUGCACAAACACAGAGGGUUCCUUCACAUGUGUCAGCUGUCAGCCCGGUUACAAAGUCUCAGAGGAUGGACAACAGUGCGAUGAUGUGAAUGAAUGCUUGGUAGCUAACGUGUGCCCGGGCCAGCUGUGCUCAAACACCCUGGGAUCUUAUACCUGCAGGAGCUGUGGUUCCGGCCUGCAGCUGUCUGAGGACGGUUAUGGCUGCGAGGAUAUCAAUGAGUGCCAGACCCCAGGUUUGUGUCCCAACGGCAUUUGUACCAACACGCAAGGCUCCUUCUCAUGUAUGGCUUGUGACCCGGGCUUCACCGUGGCACCCAAUGGGCUCUCGUGUGAUGAUGUGAAUGAAUGUGAAGAUGCAGGUCUGUGUGUGGGAGGUCAAUGCACCAACACCAUUGGAUCCUACAUUUGUGCGUGCCCUCCCGGCCUGGAGCUGAUCGAUGGGACCUCCUGCAGAGAUAUCGAUGAGUGUUUGACCAUAGCAGGAAUCUGUGGAGAAGGACAGUGUCUAAAUACUGAGCGGUCCUACAUGUGUAUCUGUCCUGACGGAUACGAGACCCUUGACGGGCACAGCGGAUGCCGAGAUGUGGACGAGUGUAGCAAAGACAACGUGUGCUCUCGGGGUCAAUGCCUCAAUACUGAAGGGACUUUCAUGUGCUUAUGUGAAGCUGGAUUCAAGUACAGCGAGGACACUGCUGACUGCGAAGACCAGAAUGAGUGCAAGGAGUUUGGAACUUCGGUGUGUGGUACCUGGCGCUGUGAGAAUACCAUUGGUUCGUACCGCUGCUUCAUGGGCUGUCAGCCUGGCCUUGAAGGGGAAGACGCCACAGACUGCGACAUAGACGAGUGCCUCAACCAGACCAUCUGCGGGAGCCACGGCUUUUGCGAAAACACCGAUGGAUCCUAUCGCUGCGAGUGCGAUCUGGGCUACUCGAACCCACCCGGAGAUGCUAGCAAGUGUGUUGAUGUGAAUGAGUGCGAGAUGAGCUUGGCACUGUGCGGGGAGGCCCUGUGUGAGAACUUCGACGGCAGCUUCCUGUGCAUCUGCCCCAACGACAAUGAGGAAUUUGAUCCCACAACCAGCCGCUGCCGCUCCCUUGGUGACGCCGACUUAAAAACUCCCGCUCCUGCCGCCGCCUCUGCCGAGGAGAGGAAGGAGUGUUAUUACAACUUAAAUGACGCCAACUUCUGCGACAACGUUCUGUCCCGCAACACCACCAAACAAGAGUGUUGCUGUACUGUGGGCGCCGGUUGGGGAGACAACUGUGAAAUCCACGCCUGUCCUGCUCAAGAAGGAGAUGAUUAUCACCAGUUGUGCCCUCAUGGCAGUGGAUCCAUACCACUUCCUGCCUCCACAACUCAAAGUCAACAACUCUACAUAGAUGCAAAUGAGUGUGAAAUGUUUGGAUCAGACAUCUGUAAGAAUGGACAAUGUGUCAAUCUCUUCUCCACUUAUACCUGCUACUGUCGCUCUGGAUUCUACUACGACAACGUCAGGCUGGAGUGCGUGGAUUAUGAUGAAUGUGAAUUUGGAAAUUCCUGUAUGGAUGGAGCGUGCGUGAACACACCGGGCUCUUUCAACUGUUUCUGCAGUCCGCCAUUAGUGCUGGACAACACGCGGCUGCGCUGUAUAAGUGUCAACACAACUGAAGAAUCUGUGGAGUCUAACACCGAUGUGCACAUGGACAUCUGCUGGCAGCGUCUGGAGGGAGACAACGUGUGUUCGGAUCCCCUGCAGGGCCGCAGAACAACUUACACUGAGUGUUGCUGCCUUUAUGGAAUCGCCUGGAGUGGACAGUGUGCCUUCUGUCCUAGGAAGGACUCAGAGGACUACGCGGUCAUGUGCAACCUCCCUCUCCGCGGUGGUUCAGACAGUCUACGAGAGAGGCCGGGCUACGAAUACGGUGUCGACGGGCCAGAGGAUCCCGCGGAGCCUUUUGUUCCUUCGUAUUGGGACAACUACGGUGGCCCGGCGGGACCGUACAACGCACCCGCGAGCAUCCCUCUCUUCAACGAUAACGACUACAGCAUCCGACAGCCGCCUAUGCGAGUCCCCGUCCAUCGGCCCCGGGAGCACCAGCCUCGGCUAGUGGAUUCCUUCUCUGAGCGCUACGAUAGCUUUGAGGGUCUCCAAGCAGAAGAAUGCGGCAUUCUGAACGGCUGUGAAAAUGGACGUUGCGUUCGUGUGAGGGAAGGCUACACCUGCGACUGCUUCGACGGUUACCAGCUGGACCUAAACAAGAUGGCCUGCAUAGAUAUAAACGAGUGUGAGGACAUAAGCGACAAGGUGCCGUUGUGUCAGAACGGCCAAUGCAGCAACACGGAAGGAUCCUACAAGUGCACCUGCUUGCCCGGCUUCGUGGCCUCCGCCAAGCCACACAAAUGCAUCCCGGCCAUCCCGGAGGCAGCGCAUAAAGACACAGGGAACUGA